GCGCCCAAGGCAGGCAGUCGGGGCUUCCCGGGACUUCGCUCCUCGUGGGGCCGGAGAGGCGGACGCGUCUUUCUUUGUGGGCGCGGCGCGGGACCCGCGGGGCCGGCAUGGCUCUCCUCCUGGCCGUAGGGCUCGUGACCUCGCUCUCCCUGCCCGCGGCCGCCGACUUCGACGGCAGGUGGCCCAGGCAAAUAGUAUCUUCCAUUGGCCUUUGUCGUUAUGGUGGCAGGAUUGAUUGCUGCUGGGGCUGGGCUCGCCAGUCCUGGGGACAGUGUCAACCUUUCUACGUCUUAAGGCAGAGACUAGCAAGGAUAAGGUGCCAGCUCAAAGCUGUGUGCCAACCACAGUGCAAACAUGGAGACUGUAUUGGGCCAAACAAGUGCAAGUGUCACCCUGGAUAUGCUGGAAAAACCUGCAACCAAGACGAGCCAUUCUACCCAACUCCUCUUGACCAAGGCAGUGAACAGCCUCUUUUCCAACCCCUGGACCAUCAAGCCACAAGUUUACCUUCACAGGAUCUAAACGAGUGUGGCCUGAAGCCUCGGCCCUGUAAGCACAGGUGCAUGAACACUUUCGGCAGCUACAAGUGCUACUGUCUCAACGGAUACAUGCUGAUGCCGGAUGGGUCCUGCUCAAGUGCCCUAUCAUGUUCCAUGGCAAACUGCCAGUAUGGCUGUGAUGUAGUCAAAGGGCAAGUCCGAUGCCAGUGUCCUUCCCCUGGUCUGCAGCUUGCUCCUGAUGGGAGGACCUGUGUGGAUAUUGAUGAGUGUGCUACAGGAAGAGUCUCCUGCCCUCGGUUUAGGCAGUGUGUCAACACAUUUGGGAGUUACAUCUGCAAGUGUCAUAAAGGCUUCGACCUCAUGUACAUUGGAGGCAAAUAUCAAUGUCACGAUGUGGACGAAUGCUCCCUCGGGCAGCAUCAAUGCAGCACCUCUGCUCAGUGUUACAACGUGCACGGGUCCUACAAGUGCAAAUGUAGAGACGGAUACGAGGGCGAUGGGCUGAAUUGUGCAUAUAUUCCCAAAGUCAUGAUUGAACCUUCAGGUCCAAUUCAUGUACCAAAGAGAAAUGAUACCAUCCUGAAGGGUGAUGGAGGAUACAGUAAUAGGAUACCGGAUGUUGGAAGUACCCGGUGGCCUCUGAGGACACCACACAUUCCCCCUGUCAUGACCAACAGGCCCACUUUAAAGCCAACAACCAGACCUACACCAAAGCCAACACCACAGCCUACUCCCCCACCUCCACCGCCCCUCCCAACAGAGCUCAGAACACCUCCACCACCAACAGUUCCAGAAAGGCCACCUGCCAGACCAACAACUGUUGCACCACCUACCAGUACACCUUCAGGAAGGAUUGACAACAGGAUACAGACAGAUCCUCAGAAACCCAGAGGAGACGUAUUCAUUCCUCGGCAGCCUUCAAAUGACUUGUUUGAAAUAUUUGAAAUAGAGAGAGGAAUCAGUGCGGACGAAGAAGCAAGGGAUGAUCCAGGUGUUCUGGUAAACAGCUGUAAUUUUGACCAUGGACUUUGUGGAUGGAUCAGAGAAAAAGACAGUGACUUGCAUUGGGAAACAAUCAGGGACCCAGCAGGUGGACAAUAUCUGACCGUAUCUGCAGCCAAAGCCCCAGGGGGAAAAGCCGCUCGCUUGGUACUACCUCUCGGCCACCUCAUGCAUUCAGGGGACCUGUGCCUGUCCUUCAGGCACAAGGUGACUGGCCUGCACUCCGGCACACUGCAGGUGUUUGUGAGAAAACACGGUGCCCACGGAGCAGCCGUGUGGGGAAGAAAUGGUGGCCAUGGUUGGAGGCAAACACAGAUCACCUUGCGAGGGGCUGACGUCAAGAGCGUUAUCUUCAAAGGUGAAAAGAGGCGUGGUCACACUGGGGAGAUUGGAUUGGAUGAUGUGAGCUUGAAAAGAGGCCCCUGCUCAGAAGAACGCUAGCACCUCCAGAACUAGCAGUGAACUCCUUUGGUUUUCUUUAUCCAAUCCUCACCUUCUCAUCGCCCUCUUAUCAGGCCUAGGGGAAGAGUGGGUCAGGAAGAAGGCUGGUUGGUGAUUCGGGUCUUGGUGGCCUGAUUUUGUGCAAUCCCAGCAGUGACAUCAUCCCUGAAGGACAAGAGCAUCUGUAGGCAUAUCCAGACCAUUUUGGGGUGUUGCCUUCCAUCUUGUGUCUUCUUUAGGAAGGCCUUUGUUAUGUGUGACCUGUGCCAUCCUUCAUCCUUCUUACAAAAUGCUCCUCAUGACAAAUAGUGGGAGAAGUUUUUUUUUUUUUUUUUUAAAUCUGUGUGAAUGACCAUUCUGUCAUCUGUUCAGUAUUUCCCAUGAGUACUAUUGACUUGCUUAUGAUAUGAUGCAUCAUGUGCUCAUGAAAUUGGGUUAUGCUUUUCAAUUUAGUUCCGGCCUGACCCGAACUCUAACUUUUACUGCCAUUCACUUCAUAAAAGGAAAGGUGUAUAACAUAUCAAGAUGCAUUUAUUCUUGUUAGUUGUAUUUUUCUUUUAAAGACAAUUAUGUAGUAUGGGCAUGAAAUUUCUUGUUAGUAGUAUUGUGUUUUGUGUAAAUGUGCUAUUAAUAUUGAGUAUUUACAUGUUCCUAAUAUUCACAGACUCUAGUUGCAAAAUAAAAGGCAGCUUGUGAUCUCGAGUUAAAUACAUGAUGAAAUGACUGUAUGUUGGCAGAGAUGUCCACUUGUGAUGAAUUUGUGUAAUGUCCUUGAGUUUGAGCUCUACAAAAGAAAGUAAACCAUUAAGGGAAAUGAGAAACUGCAGUUAAUAUAUAAAACUCUUGUGGUUUCAGGUUAUAUUUUAAAAAGAACAACUUUUAUCAAUUAUAGUAAGGCUUUCUCUGGUAAGAAGCUUUGCAAAUUCUCAUACUUACAGAUCAAGGUGAACAGAAGUGUGGGGAAGCUCCAUGGGGACAGGUUGUCAUACUGAAUUCUAAACUGACACAGGCCUCAACAGGUAUUCUCAUGAAUUACAUGCUAUGCAGGCUGUAUGUGAAGCAGGUUCUGCGCACAGAGGCACUGCAUGUGCUGCAGUGAGAUCCACCCAGCAGAACACGGCAGGAUUAGAAUUCUAGCGCCCACAAACCCUCAAGUACAUCUCCCUGAAUAUUUUAUCUUUAUAUUUAAAAACACAUAACUUAAAAAAAACUCAACUAACUCUUGUUAUUCUGUAUUUCUAAUUAAGUAACCAAAAUAUUUUCUGCUAUUUUUGCCAGAAAUCACAAAGAUGAUUAAAGGGUUGGAAAGAAAAAUCUAUGAUGAAAAAUUAAAGGAGCUGGGAUUAUGCAGCCUGGAGAAGAGAAGACUGAGGGGCAAACCACUGAUGGUUUUCCAGUAUGUGAAGGGCUGGCACCAUGAGCCUGGAGACCAGCUGUUCUCCAUGUGCACUGAGAAUAGAACUAGAGGAAGCAGGCUGAGCAUAGAGUAUGAGGGGGCAUUUCCUGGCAGGGACACUUGCUAAAUAGAAUCCUUUAUUUAAAAAAAAUAAGUUGAAAAUAUUCUCUGUCCCCUUUCUCUCCCUCUCUACUUUUUAAAAAUCCAUAAAAUUUACCUAUUGGAGAUGUAUUUAUCUCAAAGCAAAGUAGCAGACUGCAGAAUCCUCUAAAAGGUAUUUAGAUCCUAUUAUGGGUAUGUGAUGAACAUCCUCAGAACCAAGUAAUUUGAACCAGGCUCUGAGUCAGGACUUUUCCUCUUGGCCUCCUAAUAGUGAGGGGCAGAAAGGGAAGAUGCUAAGCUCACUAAAUUUUCUUUCCCUUGCUGGCAAACAAGUAUUAAAAAAAGAAUGCCCACAAAACUUGUUACUCCCAAAGAAGAUGUGAUGGACAGAUAUUUUAGCAUCUUAGCAAUGACCUAAUGUGGUAGUGUUAAUUUUUUAUCCUUGGGGAAAGAUAUGUCUUCUUGGCUUACUCAUAAGGAUUCAGACUCUUGUUGUGUUUUGAAAGGAAGACUCUACUUAGAAAUGCAAGCCAGAGAGAUUUAGAGAUUUUUAUCUGGUGCGUUUUCUCUGCUUUGUGUGUGGCAAGUUAAGUUGACUACUGAAAGAAUAUUAUUCCCCUCCCCUAACCCUCCCCUUCAUCUGGUCAGUGUGACUCAUUUUGCUCUUUCAGGCAGAGUCCUCCAAGCUACCCAAGAUGGUAAUGUUUUUUGAUCAGGUACAAGAGAAGGUCCUUUGUCAUUUAACUUGGUACAGGCAGGGCUAGGGGGGAAUAAAUCCAUGAGCCUUUGAAUAAAGGCCAGAAAAUAUGUUCUUAGAUCCAUUUUUAAUUUUGGUCAUGUAACUGCACAACUGACGAUAAGAGGGGAAAAUAAUUGAAAAUUUCACUUUUAGGUGCCAAUCAUAAACUGCACUACAUUGAUGGAAGAAGUUAUCCAAAGUACUGUAUAACAUCGUGUUUAUUAUUUAAUGUUUCUACAGUGAAAAUGUUAGUGGUUUUCCAAAUGGCCAAAUACUAUCUUUGUAAAUAAAAACACUAUUAAUAUUG